AUUUUAAGCAUGCCAACGUCUCUUCCAUAUAAAAUCCGAGGCUCGUCGUCAUUUUCACUUCUUACCUAUUUUUUCCAAUUUUGUUCUUCUCUCUGGAACAAAUAAAAUAAAGUCGAACAAAUUUUUAAAAAGAAAUGAAUAGAAACUCAUAACUGACAUCCUUCUCAAAUCUCUAACUUCUCGUUUUCUCUUCUCCACCUUUUCGAUUCCGUGCGUCAAAGUUCGGAUCGGAGAAGAGAAGCCAUGGUCGAGACCAGGCGAAGCUCGGCUUCAUCGAAGCGUUCUGUUCCGCCUGCAGGAGCUUCUUCUCUGUCGAAUGGCAAACGCUUGAAGGUGGCGGAGGCAUCGUCAUCGACCAACGAGAUUCCUUGUGUUACGCCAGUUGAAACCCUAGGUUCGUCAAAAGAAUCAGGUUGUGAAUCGCAUGACCAGGAAGUUCGACUCUCUGAUCUAUCCGCUUUCGGUCCCUCCAAGGAAUCUGAUGACUGCGAUGCUACUAUGCUGGAAAAAUCUCCGGAUAGAAACGGAGAAGGCGAGGUUUUGGCUCCGCCGUCGGCUACAGGAGGGCCUGCCAUUGAAGCUGAUAAUGCGGUGGAGUUGGUUGGUGCAGCAAUGAAUCGAGCGAGGAAACGAUCAACAAAGUCCCGCACAAAGGUUGCAUGGGGAAGGCUUCUUUCUCAAUGCUCGCAGAAUCCUCACUUGUUGAUGUGUGGUUCUCCAUUCACUGUUGGUCAAGGUCAACAAUGCAACUUAUGUUUGAGAGAUCCAUCUGUCAGUACAAUUCUUUGUAAACUGCGGCACUUAGAGCGAGGAGGUUCAUCUGUUGCAUUAUUGGAGAUCUUGGGAAGCAAAGGUGUUGUCCAAGUGAAUGGAAAGGUUGUUGGGAAAAAUUCCUCUACAAUACUCAGUGGAGGGGAUGAGUUGAUUUUUAGUUCAACUGGUCAAAAUGCAUAUAUCUUCCAGCAACUCACAGAUGAGAACUUAACUUCUCCAGCUCUGCCAUCUUCAGUUAACAUAUCAGAGUCCCAGAAUGCUGUUGCAGGAGCAUCAAUAUUAGCAUCUCUAUCAAAUCUAAGAAAGGAUUUGUCACUUACACCACCUGCCCAAACUGGUGAGGAAGUACAACAUGAUUUGGAGAGGCAGACAUUACCAACUGGCUGUAUCCCAGACAUUGAGAUUACUUGUCAUAAUAGAAAAGAUAUUUCUGAGCAUGUUGAGGAGACUGGUGUUUCUUCAAGUGAGAAAGCUCCUGUUAUUCUAUCUCCUGAUAAUGCUUCUGAUAACCCUGUUCAUCUUGAUGGCGCUGGCUUAAAUACUCGCCUAGAUGCAGAAGUUGGGAAAAUUCCUGGGACAAAUUAUGAACUAAGGCCACUAUUACGGAUGUUGACAGGGUCAUCUUUGCCCGACUUUGAACUAAGUGGAAGUGUUUUUAAAUCAAUUGAUGAGCAAAGGGAAAUUCUCAAGGAUUUUGGUCGACCAACAAUUUUGUCCUCGACUAAGCAGCAAGCAUUUAAGGAUAGUUUACGACAAGGAAUUCUCAGUUCUAGCAAUAUUGAAGUCUCCUUUGAUAAUUUUCCAUACUAUCUAAGUGAGAGCACAAAGAAUAUUUUAAUUGCAUCUACUUAUAUGCAUUUGAAGUGUAAGGAAUAUGCCAAGUAUAUCACUGAUCUUCCUACUGUGAGCCCAAGAAUAUUGCUAUCUGGUCCAUCAGGUUCUGAAAUAUAUCAGGAAACAUUGGCAAAAGCACUUGCAAAACAUUUUGAGGCUAGAUUGCUUAUGGUUGAUUUUCCCCAGUUACCUGGUGCACUAUCUACAAAAGAUUCAGAGUCUAUAAAAGAAAUAAGGUUAGAAAAGAUGGUCACUAAGCAACGAGCAACACAGGCAGAUGCGCUACAACUAAAAAAACCAGCUUCUAGUGUUGAGGCUGAUAUUAUUGGGACAUCCGUGUUAAGCUCUCAGGCUCUGCCAAAGCAAGAGGCCUCAACAGCAUCUUCUAAGAGCUUUACAUUUAAACAAGGUGACAGAGUAAGAUAUGUUGGGAGUUUGGUAAAUCCUUCUGGUUUUCCCCCUCUUCAGACUUCUUCAAGGGGGCCGGGUCCUGGUUAUCGAGGCAAAGUUGUUCUAGCUUUUGAAGAGAAUGGAUCCUCUAAAGUUGGAGUUAGAUUUGAUAAAACAAUUCCAGAAGGUAACACUCUUGGGGGCCUUUGCGAAGAAGACCAUGGUUUCUUUUGCACUGCUGAUUUACUUUGUCUAGAGAACUCAGGAAGUGAUGAUCUUGACAAGCUUGCCAUCAAUGAACUGUUUGAGCUUGCUUGUAGUGAAAGUAAAAGUGCCCCUUUGAUAUUGUUCAUGAAAGACAUUGAGAAGUCUAUGGUAGGCAACCAAGAGGCUUAUACAGCUUUCAAGACUAGGCUUGAAAAUCUACCAGAGAAUAUAGUUAUUAUCGGCUCACAUACUCAGCUUGACAACCGUAAGGAGAAGUCACACCCUGGUGGCCUUCUGUUUACAAAAUUUGGAAGCAGUCAAACAGCUUUACUUGACUUUGCUUUUCCGGACAACUUUGGUAGGUUACAUGAUAGAAACAAAGAGGUGCCAAAGGCAACCAAGCAGCUCACCCGAUUAUUCCCAAACAAAGUGACCAUACAGCUGCCACAAGAUGAAGCUUUACUUUUGGAUUGGAAACAACGACUGGAUCGUGAUGUUAAAACACUUAAAGCACAAUCAAACAUUAUUAACAUCCGCUCGGUUCUAAAUCGAAAUGGGUUGGAUUGCCCUGACCUUGGAACACUUUGCAUAAAAGAUCACGCCCUUACAAUUGAAAGCGUGGAGAAGAUUGUUGGUUGGGCUUUAAGUCAUCAUUUUAUGAAUAGAGACAGAGAUUCACCAAAAGAUGCUAAACUUGUGAUUUCCAGUGAAAGCAUUAGAUUUGGACUCAACAUCUUGAAUAGUAUCCAAAGUGAGUCUAAGAGCCUGAAAAAAUCACUUAAGGAUGUUGUCACUGAGAAUGAAUUUGAAAAGAGACUUUUGGCAGAUGUUAUUCCACCAAAUGAUAUUGGAGUUACCUUUGAUGACAUCGGAGCCUUGGAAAAUGUGAAGGAGACAUUGAAGGAAUUAGUUAUGCUUCCUUUGCAAAGGCCUGAAUUGUUUUGCAAAGGACAGCUAACAAAGCCAUGCAAGGGAAUACUGCUGUUUGGACCCCCUGGUACUGGUAAAACAAUGCUUGCAAAAGCUGUUGCAACAGAAGCAGGAGCAAACUUUAUCAAUAUAUCAAUGUCAAGUAUUACUUCAAAGUGGUUUGGUGAGGGUGAAAAAUAUGUCAAGGCAGUGUUCUCACUAGCCAGCAAAAUAGCUCCCAGUGUAAUUUUUGUUGAUGAGGUUGACAGUAUGUUAGGAAGGCGUGAAAAUCCAGGAGAGCAUGAAGCUAUGCGGAAAAUGAAAAAUGAGUUCAUGGUGAACUGGGAUGGUCUCCGUACAAAGGAUAAAGAACGUGUACUGGUACUUGCUGCCACCAAUAGGCCAUUUGACCUUGAUGAGGCCGUUGUACGGAGGCUACCGCGAAGAUUGAUGGUAAAUUUGCCAGAUGCUGCAAAUAGAGAGAAAAUUCUGAGAGUCAUCUUGGCUAAGGAGGAAAUGGCACCUGAUGUUGAUUUGGAAGCAAUUGCAUGUAUGACAGAUGGCUACUCUGGAAGUGACUUAAAGAAUCUUUGUGUAACUGCUGCACACUGUCCCAUAAGGGAAAUACUGGAGAAGGAAAAGAAGGAGAAAGCUCUAGCAUUAGCAGAGAACAAACCGCCACCCACUUUAUAUGGCAGUGGAGACAUCCGCCCUCUAAACAUGGAGGAUUUCAAACGUGCGCAUGAACAGGUAUGCGCAAGUGUUUCAUCAGAGUCUGCAAAUAUGAAUGAGCUUCUCCAAUGGAAUGAGCUUUAUGGAGAAGGCGGAUCAAGAAAGAAAAGAUCACUGAGUUAUUUCAUGUAGAGGAGGUAUCACCGUAUCACAUCUGUACAGACCAUUUUUUUGCUGAUUUUUUUCUUUCCCUUCUGCAGCGAACAAAAUUAGGGACUGAUAUUGAUGGAGUAGUCCAUCAUAGGUUCCCAUGUAUCAUAUAUAGUGAUUGCCUGAUGGGUACUGUAUCUGCCAAUACUAUAUAAUUAAUUAUAUUAGCUUAUAGUGAUAUACUUGUCAAGCUGUUGAUCCAAAUGAAGCUAUUCUGCUACACUGGUGGCAUAUUGUCCUGUACAAAUUCAAUUCUAGUAAUGGGAAUAAGUGUAUCAUGAUUACUUCUC